CGCUCAGCGCCGGCUCAGCGGAGCGGAGGAGGGAGCCGCACUGACGGGACCGGCCAGAAACCGAAACGGAUGGAAACACGCGUUUAGCAGUUAACAGUUUAAUUUACAAGACGUGACGCUGCUGUUUCUUGGGUCAGCUGGAACCAGUACCAGAGAACUAGGAUCUUCACGAGGGCCUGAGGUGUUUCGAGCCCCCCCCCAACCCCGGAUAGUGCUGCUUCAUUCUCCUUCCAGGAAGAGGAGGAGGGUGGGAGCUGUGGCUGACCUGCAGCCAUGCAUCAUUUAAGGACUACGGUGGUGAGGCUUCGGCCCGCUAUGGCUGCACAGAUGGCCCAGAGCCGGUCACGGACCAAUGUAUCGGUGACCUCUGAGCCCUUUCUGAAUGGAACCAGCUCCAACUACUUGGAGGAGAUGUACUACUCCUGGCUGGAGAAUCCCAGGAAUGUUCACAAGUCCUGGGACGUAUUUUUCCGGAAUGUCAACACCGGUGCGCCGGUUGGAGCGGCCUACCAGAGCCCUCCACCUCUUGGUGGACUUCCUGAGGGGCUGAGCCGAGUCCAGGCACCCAUGGGGGCUCAGCCCAACGUGGACAAGCUGGUGAAGGAUCAUCUGGCAGUGCAGUCACUGAUCCGAGCUUACCAGGUUCGAGGGCAUCACAUAGCCAAGUUGGACCCUCUGGGCAUCAGCUGCGUGGACUUCGAUGAUACACCGUGCACAGUCGGUUUCCAGAACGUUGGUCUGUACGGUCUGGCCGAGAGCGACAUGGACAUGGUCUUCAAGCUUCCCACCACAACCUUCAUCGGUGGCAGCAAGAGCGCGCUGCCUCUCAGAGAGAUUAUCCGUCGUCUUGAGAUGUCCUACUGUCAGCACAUCGGGGUAGAGUUCAUGUUCAUUAACGACGUUGAGCAGUGCCAGUGGAUCCGGCAGAAGUUUGAGACCCCCGGCAUCAUGCAGUCCACUUUGGAGGAGAAAAGGACUCUGCUGGCCAGGAUGAUCAGAUCCACCAGGUUUGAAGAGUUCCUCCAGAGGAAAUGGUCUUCAGAGAAACGUUUUGGCCUGGAAGGCUGCGAGUCACUCAUCCCGGCCCUGAAGACCAUCAUCGACAAGUCCAGUCAGUGUGGCGUGGAGAGCGUGAUCAUGGGAAUGCCUCACAGAGGCAGGCUGAACGUCUUGGCCAACGUGAUCCGGAAAGAGUUGGAGCAAAUCUUCUGCCAGUUCGACUCCAAGUUGGAGGCUGCAGAUGAGGGUUCUGGUGAUGUGAAAUAUCACUUGGGGAUGUACCACAGGAGGAUGAACCGGGUCAGCGACAGGUACAUCACCAUGUCCCUCAUGGCGAACCCGUCCCACCUGGAGGCCGUGGACCCAGUGGUCCAGGGAAAGACCAAAGCUGAGCAGUUCUACUCUGGAGACGUGCAGGGGAAGAAGGUGAUGUCUGUUCUGCUUCACGGCGAUGCUGCGUUUGCGGGCCAGGGCGUCGUGUACGAGACCUUCCACCUGUCAGACCUGCCAUCCUACACCACCCACGGCACUAUACAUGUGGUAGUAAACAACCAGAUCGGGUUCACCACUGAUCCCCGGAUGGCUCGGUCGUCUGCUUACCCAACAGACAUCGCUCGAGUGGUCAGUGCGCCCAUCUUUCACGUCAACGCAGAUGACCCCGAGGCCGUGAUGUAUGUGUGCAGUGUGGCAGCCGAGUGGAGGAACAUGUUCCAUAAAGACGUCGUAGUAGACCUGGUGUGUUACAGAAGAAACGGCCAUAAUGAAAUCGACGAGCCCAUGUUCACCCAGCCGCUGAUGUACAAGCAGGUCAAGAAGCAGAAACCUGUCCUGGAGAAGUUCGCAGAGAAACUCAUCGCUGAGGGAGUCAUCACCACACAAGACUACGAGGAGGAAGUAGCGUGUUACGACAAAAUCUGCGAGGACGCUUAUGCUCGCUCCAAAGAUGAGAAGAUCCUCCACAUCAAGCACUGGCUGGACUCCCCCUGGCUGGGUUUCUUCACUCCGGACGGUCAACCCAAAACCAUGAGCUGCCCUUCGACCGGCAUCAGUGAAGAUGAGCUCAAGCACAUUGGGAACAUUGCUGCCUCCGUCCCCGAGGAAGAUUUUAUGUUACAUGGAGGGCUGAGUCGUAUCCUGAAGGGACGGGGGAACCUGGUGGACCAGCGGCUGUGUGACUGGGCUCUGGGAGAGUACAUGGCCUUUGGCUCGCUGCUCAAACAGGGAGUGCAUGUGCGUCUCAGUGGACAGGAUGUGGAGAGAGGCACUUUCAGCCAUCGACACCACGUUCUUCACGACCAACACAAAGAUAGGAGAACCUGCAUCCCCAUGAACCACCUGUCUCACGAUCAGGCCACGUACACCGUCUGCAACAGCUCGCUGUCCGAGUACGGUGUCCUGGGAUUUGAGCUGGGCUUCUCCAUGGCCAAUCCCAACGCUCUGGUUCUGUGGGAGGCCCAGUUCGGAGACUUCCACAACACGGCUCAGUGCAUCAUAGACCAGUUCAUCAGCUCGGGCCAUGCCAAGUGGGUCAGACAGAAUGGCAUCGUUCUGCUGCUUCCUCACGGGAUGGAGGGGAUGGGUCCAGAGCACUCGUCUGCACGUCCUGAACGGUUCCUACAGAUGUGCAACGAUGACCCAGAUGUUUUCCCUAACCUCUCAGGGGACUUUGCAGUGCUUCAGUUGUACGACUGUAACUGGAUUGUGGUCAACUGCUCGACUCCUGCCAACUACUUCCACGUCCUCCGCAGACAAAUGCUGCUGCCCUUCAGGAAGCCCCUCGUCGUAUUCACGCCAAAGUCGCUGUUGCGCCAUCCUGAGGCCAAGUCGAGCUUUGAUGACAUGCUGCCAGGCACCCACUUCAAGCGUCUCAUCCCGGACGGCGGUUCUGCAGCCGCCAUCCCAGACAGAGUGAAGAGAGUAAUUUUCUGCUCUGGCAAGAUUUACUACGAGCUGACCCGAGAACGCGCCAACCGAGGCAUGGACGAUAUCGUGGCCAUUGUCCGGAUUGAGCAGCUGUCACCUUUCCCAUUUGAUCUGGUGAAGGCAGAGACCAAUCGCUAUCCGAAUGCUGAUCUGGUCUGGUGUCAGGAGGAGCACAAGAACCAGGGUUACUAUAACUACGUCAAGCCUCGAAUCCGUACCACCAUCGGAGGCAAACAGCCCAUCUGGUACGCAGGACGCGAACCAGCUGCAGCUCCGGCCACCGGGAACAAACAGACUCACCUGACUGAGCUGCAGCGUUUACUGGACGCUGCCUUCAACCUGGACACCUUCUCAGGAAAACUCUGACGUCUCCGUCCACACGUGGGUCUACCCUGACUUUUCGCCUCAGCCUUCGGACAACUGCACUACCACUCAGCUGAGGUUUUUGGUCUAACCCUUUAACCACUUGAGUGUGUUUUCCCCGCGUAUUUGAUUAAACCCGAUACGUGCAGGUUUAACGAGUCUCAACUCGUUUCUUUAACAUGUGGACGUCAUCCUACACUCGUCUACUUCAUAUCCAUCCUCGUGGGGAGAAGAACCUGGUCUUCUGCAACAAAAUCAACUAAGACUUAAAUAACACCAGCUGGUCUCUGAUAUUUAUUUACAUUUUCUUGUGAGUGUGGAACCAUGUUUAUUUAAUAUGAUAAUUAUAUUUUGGUGUCUCUACUUUGAGCUUUUGGCCUUUGUUAAACAGCAGCAUUAUGGAUCAGGUUUUGUCGUCUCCUCAGAGUAUCAGAACACUUAUGAUUGUCAUCACACAUUCCUUAAAUGACCCCGCCCCCCCUUCAACCUUGGUUCAUCUAAAAAGGGCACAUGCAUAUGCCUUAGGUUCUUACCAGCAUGGUAUUAAGCAUUAAUAUGUGUGCAGACAAGUAAAAAAAUAAAAUAAAUAAAUAAAAUAAAAAGGGCACAUGGGUGUAACCAACAUACCUGGAAGCCAACUGGAACACGCCCACUUCAGUUUAGUCACUAUAAGUUAGCAAUUUUAGCUUGGUUGACCUAGCUUAUGCUAACCUAUGAUGCUAAUGUAAAUUGAUUUUGUUUUGAUCAAAUCUGUCCAAACAUCCUCAUUUCAGGCCGAGCUACUGAAAUGACUUCGGAAGCAGGUGCUACCAGAGCUGAAAAUGAACUGAAACCAGGACUGGCUCCAGUGGGUCGCAGGGGUGCUGGUUGGAUGCUCGCUGGACAAAGUAGCUAGGCUGGCUCAAACCACGGGUGACUGCGACUGACGAGUCCCAGUGGCGCUCCGCGAGUCCAUGAUUUAGCUGUGGCAGCACUUUUUCAGAUCUGAGCUGGCUAGCAGUCCAGUUGGUCGACGUGGACGGACCUCAACAUGAUCCAAGGUGACAGCCAACUGGAGGAUCCAGUUGCUGCCAGAGGUUGAGACGGUCCAGCUGGAGUCCUACGUUUAGUCCGGGUUACACUCAAGAGUGUUUAGCUAGGGGCACGGUGGCGCAGCUGGUAGGGCAGCCGCCUCACAGCUAGAAGGUCCUGGCCAGCCGGGGUGCCAGAUGGGGGGGAUCUGGCUGGAAUAGGGCUUGGUCGCCAAGUUGCAUUCUGGGACUGCUGUAAACAAACAGCAGUGUAGUAGCAGUGUAGUAGCACCAAGUGAACAGACGGAACGCAAAAAAAAAAAGUUAAAAUGCCGGAAAGGAACUGGAAUUUACCGGGAUACCUUAAACAAGGAAGCCAGGGACCAGUAUAUGGAGAAAAUAUUGAUUAUUUACGGUUUGGAUCCAUAUGAAAUCCCUACUAAAGAGUGGAGUUCCGAGGAGGAUUUACUGCCACAGUUCUGCACAACCGACGUCUUCGGCUACCUUGUUUGCAAGUGUUAGGCAGCUGCUUUGGUAAAUGUUUGAAUCGCCAUGUGUUUCAAUAAAUUAGUAUAAUAGUACAACUUACAGUACAUGUUUUGUAUUACUCUUACUUUUUUCUUUUCUUUUUUUUUUGACCGCUAUAUUAAUGCGGAAGAGGUUCCGAGGCAUGAGCAAUAUUUUUGUUUUCCUCGUGAGAUUCUUUUUUUCCUCUUCAGCUACAAAUAGAGUUAAUAUUUUUUCCUCAACAAACUAGUUUUAUCUGAAGAUUGGGGUUAAUCGCACCGCAGAGAGCUGGCAGCAACUGCGUUGAGCUGGAGAAGUGGGAAAUAAAACCUGUGUGAAUGAUCCGACCCCGGUCUGUGUGAGUGUUUGUUUGUGGUAUAGUACUGUGGAAGGUUAUGUUUGGUCGUCUUACAGUCGCGAUCCAAGCAAGCUGACGACUCUUUGUUAUCUCAGAUACUUGGCCUCCGGGGUUCUGCCUCCAAGCAGGAAAGCGGUGUAAAGUUAAACCAUUAGCGAUCUUUUCCCCACGUCUGUUAUGUGUGGAGCUGUUGCACCCCACAACACAGCAACAGAUUACCAUGGUUUAUAACGGAAAGUAACGAUUAAAAGUAAGACACAACGAAGAGGGAGCACGUCUGUACACAGUGCACAGUGGUCCGAAGAGCAGCUAAGGUAGCUUCCAACAUGGCGGCUCCGCCAAGUGAUAACGUCAAGAUGACCAAGGCCUAUAAUGUCAUCCUUCCAAACGCUAGGGCUUGAGUUCAGUGUAGGGCCCUCCCGCGGUUGGCAGAGGGUGAGCAAUGCCCAGGACUGACUAGGGUAUGAGCACUGGGUGAAAAAAUGGGGAAAAAAAUUGGGAUAAAAGAAUAUAUAAAAAAAUAGUGUUUAGCUAGUACUGUUACCAUUCCAAACUGCAGCACAACCUUGCGUUCAAUGGAUGCAAUUUUUUUUUUUUUUUUACUUUUUUACAAAUUCUAUGUGAGACCAUUCAUCUGAGGCUAAAUGUCAAUCACAAAAGAAAUCCUAAGACAUUUAGGAAACAUUUUGGGAAAAGAGGCUUUUCAAAGCCGAGUUUUUAGCAUAGCAAUUAGCCUAACUAGCCAUUAGCAAACUAGCAUAUGGCUGCUGGAUAAUUUAGCUCACAAGCCAACAAAAAAAAUAUGAUCGUUUAUGGGUUUUUGAGGCACUGAUGUGCAGAAACAUUUGGAGUUUGGGAGAUUAAAAGGUGAAGUUUGGUCAGUCUAGCUAGUGAGCUAUUAGGCUAAGCUAUCUAAUGCAGAUAAGUAACUUGUUUAAGUCCUUUAAAAUAUAUUUCAAUGAACACCAAAGCUGUGUUUCUUAAGUGUUGCCUGAGUGUGAACAUAUAAGAGUGAAUGAGAUGCUAAAUGUAUGCUAAUGUUAACAUGCCAACUGCAACUGUUUUUAGAUUAAAAUAAUGAAUACCAGGGAAGGAAAACGUAUGUAUAAAAUGUAUAAUCCUCAGCGGACGAGUCAGCCUGUAGACCAACAAGUUUAGCAAGUUUCUGCACUAUUUUUCUGGUUUCUUCAGCUGCACCAGACUUCACUUCAUAAAAUAAUUUCAUUCUAGUUUUCAUGAAUUAAUUCUUUCAUGUUUGUAAUUUAUUUCAUUCUUGUUCUUGCCGUGAAAUUACAGCUUCAUUUUUUAGAAAUAGAAGUUUUCUACCAACAUAAAAGGAUUCUUCAGUAAAUGAAGAUCAUAUUUUUUAAAAUGUUGUUGCAUUUUUUUAAACAAAUAAAUGCAUGCUAUUGUGAGACAUUUUGAUUUACCUGCUUUCUUGUGGAUGAAUCGAUGUAAAUAACAAGAAGUAUGUCUACAUGACGAUGGAAAAAAUAAAGAAUUAUUGCAUU